UCAGGCAUUCGCAGGUCCAACGUCUAGACGCGCUCAAAAGUCGCGCUUCGAACGCACGUGCAAAAGUGCAGUAUCAGUCCGCUCGCCUACCGCUUACCGCGCACCGCUCACCGUUCACCACUCACCGCUCACAGCUCACCGCUCUGUACCGCUCUCCAUCUCUCUCUGUCUCUUCCAUUGACAAAGUGUAAAGUGCAAAGCCAGCAGCGGCGACGUCGACGCAGCGCCAGCGUCUCAGCAUCAAGUCGGUUGAGCUCAGGCCGCCUUUUGGCCAGCGACUCGAAGUCAGUCUGGUCCGUACCUUUCAGCGCAACGCAAGUGCUCCGGUUAAUUCGCUCGGUCCGCUCGUGGUUUCUUGUGAACCCCCUCGAACGAACACUCGAUCGAUCGCGUUCGUGCCCUAAGUCUUUCGUUUGGCGAGAAGUGGAUUAUAAAGCACCAGCGAAACGACUGAAAUUGUGUGCAAAUAGAUAUAUAUUUGCCCCAGCUAGAACGCGCAUUCAAUGUGUGCCUGAAACACAUAAAACACAGCCUCACAUCCACUUGGGCAUUGCAAAAGAUUGGCCCGGCAGCGAAGUAAAAGUAAACGCUUAACAAAGUAACUAGCAUUUAGACAAAGGCAAAUAAAAACAAGAAAUAGGCAAAGCAAACAAAACAACACCCACCAGCGGCACAGCAGCAAAUCCACCAGUAAAUCCAACAAAUAAAAUGCUGAUAUCAACCAUUUCCACAGACACCGCGAUGGCGGCCACAAACAAUGAUGGUGGCACACAGACCAAUGCCGUGGCAGCUUGGGGAGCUCCGGCCAAUGGACCGAGGAACACACAGGCCGCCGUUUCCGUGCGGCAUGCCUUCAAGGCCUACGGCAAAAAGAAGAACGCCAACCAGGUGCUGAACAACCUGAACAUGACUGUGCCCAAGGGAACAAUUUAUGGACUCCUUGGAGCUUCCGGAUGUGGCAAGACCACCCUGCUGUCCUGCAUUGUGGGUCGCCGUUACAUGGACGCCGGUGAGAUCUUCGUGCUGGGCGGCAAACCCGGCACUCGAGGAUCGGGAGUGCCCGGCAAACGAGUGGGCUACAUGCCCCAGGAGAUCGCCCUGUACGGGGAGUUCUCCAUCCAGGAGACCAUGAUGUACUUCGGCUGGAUCUUCGGCAUGGAGACCAAGGAGAUCUUGGAGCGGCUACAGUUCCUGCUCAACUUCCUCGAUCUGCCGUCGGAGAAGCGACUGGUGAAGAACCUCAGUGGUGGCCAGCAGCGUCGAGUGAGCUUCGCCGUGGCCCUAAUGCACGAUCCCGAGCUCCUGAUCCUUGAUGAACCCACUGUGGGCGUGGAUCCGCUGCUGCGUCAGAGCAUCUGGAAUCAUCUGGUGCACAUCACCAAGGCGGGCCAGAAGACGGUCAUCAUCACAACACAUUAUAUUGAGGAGGCGCGACAGGCGCACACGAUCGGUCUGAUGCGAUCGGGUCACCUGCUGGCCGAGGAGUCGCCCAGCGUGCUGCUCUCCAUCUACAAGUGCAUCAGUCUGGAGGAGGUGUUCCUCAAGCUGUCCCGCAUCCAGAGCCAAAAGGGCGACGUGACCCAUGUGAACUUCAGUAACAACAUCUCGUUGCACGCCAUGGCCUUUGGCAGCAAGAUGGACAAGCCCAGUUCCAGUCAGGAGGGCGGCGUGGUGGGCCUCAACUUCCACCAGAGCAAGGAAGUGCUGAUCAACGACAGCAAUGGAUCGAUUUACACGCUCAACCAGGAACCUUACAGUCCGCCGCCGUCGAGGCGCAACAACAAUCCCAAUGACGAGGAGAGCUGCCAGGACUGCUAUGCCAACCUGUGCAAGAUCACCUCCAAGGGCAAGAUCCGAGCCCUGCUCACCAAGAACAUGCUGCGCAUGUGGCGCAACGUGGGCGUGAUGCUGUUCAUCUUCGCCCUGCCCGUCAUGCAGGUGAUCCUCUUCUGCCUGGCCAUCGGACGUGAUCCCCAGGGACUCAACCUGGCCAUAGUCAACGGAGAGAUGAACGACACGGUAAGGGAAAACUGCUACUGGGAAGACGGCUGCCACUUUAAGAACCUGGGAUGUCGCUACCUGAGUCACCUGAACACGAGUGUGGUAAAAACGUAUUAUGAGGACUUGGACGAUGCCAAAGAAGCUGUGAGAAAGGGCACAGCCUGGGGAGCCGUCUACAUAAGCGAAAACUUUACGGACGCCUUCAUUGCCCGGGCUAAUCUCGGUCGCGACUCCGAUGACGAGACCAUUGACUCCUCCGAGGUGAAGGUCUGGCUGGACAUGUCCAACCAGCAGAUCGGCGUCAUGCUCAACCGUGACAUCCAGCUGGCCUUCAGGGACUUUGCCAUGGGCCUUCUGGGGCAGUGCGGCAGCAAUCCGAAGUUGGGCGACGUGCCCAUUCAGUUCAGGGACCCCAUCUACGGCACCAUGAAUCCAUCGUUCACCGAUUUCGUUGCACCUGGCGUGAUCUUGACUAUUGUAUUCUUUUUGGCUGUGGCUUUGACGUCAUCGGCUCUGAUCAUUGAGCGCACUGAGGGCCUGUUGGAUCGCUCCUGGGUGGCUGGCGUCUCGCCCUUCGAGAUCCUGUUCUCCCACGUGAUCACCCAGUUCGUGGUGAUGUGCGGACAGACGACUCUGGUGCUGAUCUUCAUGCUGGUGGUGUUCGGGGUCACCAACAACGGCGACCUCUUCUGGGUGAUCGUGCUGACCCUGCUGCAGGGCAUGUGCGGCAUGUGCUUCGGCUUCCUCAUCUCCUCGGUGUGCGAGCUGGAGAGGAAUGCCAUCCAGCUGGCGCUGGGCUCCUUCUAUCCCACCCUGCUGCUGUCCGGCGUGAUCUGGCCCAUCGAGGGCAUGCCCGUAGUGCUGAGAUACAUAUCACUGUGCCUCCCUCUCACGCUGGCCACCUCUUCGCUGCGCUCCAUCCUCACACGUGGCUGGGCGAUACUGGAGUCGGACGUGUACAUCGGCUAUGUGAGCACGUUGUCCUGGAUCGUGGGCUUCCUGGUGCUGACGCUCCUGGUGCUGCGAGCCAAGCGCGGCUAGGUCCUCCAGAUAUCACCCUAUUUUUAGAUGCCUACUUUAGAUCACGAUUAGUCGUCCUCGUCGUCCUAGUUAGUUUACCCCCUACUUCGGCUCCACUUCUUAUCCGCUUCCGAGUUUCACUUCCUCUCGUUUCUGCCCAAAAUGUCAUAAAUUAUUUAAGCACAUUCGCAGCUUUCCUUAGCUUUCUACUCGGCACUCGUUUCCCUGGGCUAAGUUUUGCACAUUUCGUAGUUUAAAGCGUAAGGUUUAGGUACCUAAAUGAAUUGUUGUAAAUAUUUUUUGUGUCACGAAUUCAGUAAUCCGUUGCUAGAUGUCCAUUUCUUUUGCAACCCUCUGUACAAGACCUUUUCUCCAUUCCGGAACGGGCGAUUUAUUCCACACACAACUAUUUUUAUAUAUUUUUCAAUGGACUGUGAUUGUUUUUUCUACAUAAUUCACGCGAAUACACGUAGGGCAAGCAUAAAAAAAAUGAAAAAGAAAACACAAUGAAAAGCGAACAAAAACAAUGGUGGGUUUUGUUAAUAACAUUAAGUAGCUUAAAGCAUUUUUGUAUGGGUUUAAGUUUUUUAAGGUAAAACAUAAUUAAAUACAAUAAUGUACACUACCCUAAAGAGUAUGUAAAGAAAUCUAUUUCAGGAAAUAUUAUGCGCUGAGCAUAAGUAUUUCACAACGAACAAAACAAAAGACAAUGAACAACGAACAAGUGAAAAAACGUUCUUAUUUAAGUAAACCAUUAACUAUGUGAACGCAGUUAUGUAUAAAUAAUAAUAAUAAUAAAACGUAAAUAAAAAUCAA